AUGGCUACUAGCAUUAGAAAAUCUGGAGACAGUGCCAUGAAUAGUGAUGACGGUGAUCAUGAAAAUGGGAGUGAAGAAGUUGAUGAAAAUGAAGGAUCCAGGUACCUUAUAGUGAAGCCAGAGAAGGGAGGAUUGAAGGACUUGUGGAGGUACAUGGCGUGGAGUGAUAUAGGGAGAGGAUUGAGAUUCUUGGAAAGCUCAGAGGAUGGCGUAAUGAAUGGAGAAGCAGCUGAUCACAGGUGGGUUAUAUUGGUUUCUAUUAUCUUUCGCAAAAUUCUUCAUGUUUUUGGCAAGCCAAUGGAAUAUACUGGUUAUAUAGUUGAUUUCUUCCUCAACACCCUCUCUGAAAAUGGUGGCCUCUUUGGCCUAUUCUGGAACUUUAUCCAAGGAAAAGUAGUUAUACCGCAGAGAGGCACAGACACUUUUAUAAGCACAAUUGGACACUUGGAUGGGCGAAUAGACCUGUACAAGGCUGAAAACUUGCUGGAACAAAUAGAUGAUUGUAAUCCUGUAGAAGAAAACAUCAAACCGAAAAUGGGGCAUCGAGCUCUCAUGGAUCUUUGCAUAAUGGCUUCCAAGUUAGCAUAUGAGAAUGCCAAAGUGGUUCAAAAUGUUGUUGUGCAUCACUGGAAGAUGCAUUUUGUGGACUUCUAUGACUGCUGGAAUGAUUUCCAAAAGGAAAACUCCACCCAAGUGUUCAUAAUCUGUGACAAGCCCAGUGAUGCAGAUUUGAUACUGAUAAGCUUUAGGGGCACAGAGCCUUUUGAUGCUGAUGACUGGAGUACUGAUGUUGAUUAUUCUUGGUAUGAGGUCCCAAAAUUGGGAAAAGUUCAUAUGGGAUUCUUAGAAGCAUUAGGUUUAGGCAAUAGAGUCAACACAGUCACCUUCCAUCAUCAGCUUCAACAGAAUAACAUGAAUCCCAACAGUGCAAAUGGUAUUGAUUCAGAAAGUGCGGAUUCAAUAUCCUCAAAUGUUGAUUCAGACAACGAACAUAGCAUCUGGGAUCAAUCUUCUGUCUCCAAUGUGCCUAAUAUUCCACCUGAUAUGGUAAAGAAAAGUGCAUACUAUGCUGUGAGAAAGAUGCUUAAGAGCUUACUAAGAAAGCACAAGAAUGCAGAAUUUGUAGCUACUGGACAUAGCUUAGGCGGAGCACUUGCUAUACUUUUCCCAACUGUCUUAGUGCUGCAUGAGGAGAUGGAGAUGAUGCAACGGUUACUUGGUGUAUACACAUUUGGGCAGCCAAGAAUUGGAGAUAUGCAACUAGGAAAAUUCAUGCAAGCCCAUUUGGAGCUCCCAUUUCCUAAAUACUUCAGGAUAGUUUACUGCAAUGACCUUGUUCCAAGGUUGCCUUAUGACGAUAAAACCUUCCUGUAUAAGCAUUUUGGAAUUUGCCUUUACUAUGACAGCUUCUACAAUGAGCAGAAGCUGGACGAGGAGCCAGACAAGAAUUUUUUUGGGUUGAGAUAUGUAAUUCCACUGCACCUAAAUGCUGUAUGGGAGUUAAUCAGAAGUCUGAUGAUGGGGUAUAUUUAUGGGCCAGAAUACAGAGAGGGAUGGCUGUCCAUAUUGUUCAGGGUAUUGGGACUGGCACUUCCAGGUAUUGCUGACCAUUGUCCUACAGAUUAUGUCAACUCAGUAAGGCUUGGAAGAGAAACCUCUUCUCCCUGA